UUACAUAUUGCCCUAUGACAAUUUUGCCAUUUUACAAUUCUUGGAACCCCACUUGUCACAAUUUCUUAUUAUUGUUACCAUCACAACUAGACGAAUGUUCAGGACUACACGAAAUGACAUCGCUUGAGGAGGUAGAGAAGAUUAUUGUGGAGCAAGAAGCUGACUAAAUUGCGGUGGAAGGUCUUCAUUUGAGAAGCUGAAGAAGUUGAAAAUUAUUGUGGUAGAAACUGUGGCUAAAUCCUACGACACAGAGGUGGCGGCGAGAUGUUACAUAGAUGUAACUAAUUGUGCGACAGAGGGUUGUGGCGAUGACGAGGGCUUGACAAGAGCGUUUAUAGAGAUAAGGGUGAAAAUGAAAGUGAAAGGUGGUGGUGAGAUGCUGCAUGGAUGCGUAAUUAUGCCAAACUUUGGGUGGGAUAAGGUAUUUUCACUCUAAACAGUAACGUCGAAAGAGAUGGUGAUGGGAAGAAAUUUUCAGCUUGUUUUAUGAUUGUUACGGUGCAGCAAAUCAAAUGCGUUUGGAGGAAUGAACUGGAUGUGAUUGGAGUUUUCACGUCUAAAGAUAAUCUUUGAAUUUACAUCUUCCCUCUUAUGAAAUGGCCGAUUUACCAUGCCCUUCCUUCAUUCUCUGCCCACUCCUACCGCUCUCUUCUCCGGUCAUGUGCUCGUCAGCCCUCCCUAGCCACCGGAAAAAUUUUGCACUCUAUUAUCCUCACCACUGGUCUAUCCUCCAUUCCAAACGCCUUCCUCCUCAAUACUCUUCUUCAUUUAUACGCAGCAUGUGGUGCAACAUCACAGGCACGUAAACUGUUCGAUCAAAUUCCCUCGUCACACAAAGACACUGCAGACUGGACUGCCCUUAUCGGUUGUCUUGCACGCCAUGGUACGCCCCAAGAUGCCAUGGGUUUAUUUUCUAAAAUGCACAAGGAAAAUGUGGGAAUCGAUGAGGUCACCAUGACUUGCUUGUUGAGUUUGUGUGCUCGGUUGAGGGAUUUGCAACUGGGUAUUCAGGGACAUGCUUGUGUCGUGAAGAUGGGAUUAGGGUUCAACGUCAGGACCUGUAAUGCAGUCAUUGAUAUGUAUGGAAAAUGUGGGUUGAUGAAUGAGGCAAGACGGGUUUUUAGCGAGAUGGAGGUGAGGAGUGUGGUGUCAUGGACAGUGGUUUUGGAUGGUGUUGUGAAAUGGGAAGGUGUGGAGAAAGGGAGGUUGGUGUUUGAUGAAAUGAAGGAGAGGAAUGAAGUUGUGUGGACAAUUAUGGUAGUGGGUUAUGUGGGGAGUGGAUAUCACCAUGAAGGUUUUUUGCUUUUAGGUGAAAUGGUUCUAAAUUUAGGACAUGGGUUGAAUUAUGUUACACUUUGUUCUAUCUUAUCGGCCUGUGCUCAAUCUGGAGAUGUGGUGAUGGGAAGGUGGGUUCAUGUUUAUGCCUUGAAGGCAAUGGGGAAGGAGAUUGAUAUCAAAGUUGGCACAGCUUUGGUGGACAUGUAUGCAAAAUGUGGAAGGAUAGAUACUGCAUGCAAAGUUUUCGAGUGCAUGCCAUUGAAGAAUGUGGUGGCAUGGAACGCGAUGCUUAAUGGUUUAGCAAUGCAUGGACAGGGUAAAGUUGUGCUGGAGAUGUUCUCGAAGAUGAUUGAAGAAUUUAAACCAGAUGACUUGACAUUUAUGGCUGUAUUGAGCGCCUGCAGCCACUCAGGGCUUGUUGGUCAAGGCCGGCAACAUUUUCACAGCAUUGAAUCUGUGCAUGGUUUAACACCCAAAGUUGAACACUAUGCUUGUAUGGUGGAUCUUCUAGGCCGAGUCGGCCGCCUAGAAGAGGCUGAAAAUAUGAUUAAAACAAUGCCAAUGCCACCAAAUGAAGUUGUUCUAGGUUCUCUUUUGGGUUCCUGCGGUGUACAUGGAAAGCUGCAGCUUGGUGAAUGUGUUCUGCAGGAGCUAAUUCAGAUGGAUCCCCACAACACAGAGUAUCAUAUCCUUCUCUCAAACAUGUAUGCUUUAGCUGGAAAGCACGACAAGGCUAAUUCAGUGCGGCAGGUUCUCAAGAACAAGGGCAUAAAGAAGGUACCCGGAAUGAGUUCUGUUCAUGUUGCCGGUAAAGCACAUCAAUUCUCUGCAGGAGAUAAAUCACACCCACAAACACGAGAGAUCUACAGUAAGUUGGAUGAGAUGAUCCGGAGUUUGAGAUUGGCAGGUUAUACUCCAAACACAGCUUCACAAGUCUUUUCCAGUGAAGAGAUGGAGGAGAAGGAGCAGGCCUUGUUUGUGCAUAGUGAGAAACUUGCAGUGUGUUUUGGCCUAUUAAGCACAAAACCUGGUACUCCUCUUUACAUCUUCAAGAAUUUAAGGAUAUGCCAAGACUGUCACUCUGCCAUUAAAGUUGUUUCAAAGAUUUACAACAGGGAAAUUGUUGUUAGAGAUCGUAAUCGUUUUCACUGUUUCAAGCAAGGUUCUUGUUCUUGUUGUGAUUUUUGGUAAAUAUAACUUCUGGUUUUGUAUGCCUUCUUUCCUUAUUGAUCAUGUUCUGGUAAAUGGGUAAAAGAAUGUUGAUUUGGUUUUCA